AUGCCCCCCAAUCGUCCCGUCCUGGACAGACUCAGCCACCUCACGGCCCGCGCACGCAAGAAGGUCCGCACCCGCGUCCCCGCCUCCUCCCCAUCGUUUCCAGACAGAACCCCUUCCACUUCUCUUGCCCCCUCCGACUCUUCUCCAACUGCUGUCUCCUCCGUCCCACAAACCAUAGCCACGGCCACCCCGGAUGGCCUAUGGGAAAGCUUGCAUGUCGCCCCCGCAGCACUCGCUGCCCCUUUCUCCAUCGGUGCGGCCACUACAGCAGGUGUCGAGCUUUCCGUCGACCCAGAAGCCCCAACCGCCCCAAUCAGGUCCCGCAAAUCAAACCAAGACUGUUUCGGAGUCACUACCACGUUUGCGGGCCUUCCCGAUGCCGUUUUGGCUGCCGUUUAUGACGGCCAUGGCAUGCAGGGGCGCGAGUGUGCCAGACUGGCCCGCGAUGUUAUUCCCCGCGUCAUCACCAAUGCCCUCACCGCUCACAUGGACCGGUGUGGAGGCAGUUUGCGCCAAGCCCUGUCCUCGGAAGACCGCCGCCGUGCAUAUAUGCGUCUGUUUUCAAAGGCCUUUAACGAGGCGGAGCGGGAGCUUUACGACGACACUCUCGAGAUUCAGCAUGGAUAUUCCGGAACCACAGCGACAUGCUUAUGGAUUGAUGGCUCAGACUUGUUUGUUGCUUGGGCAGGCGAUUCCAGGGCCAUCAUGGGGAGGACAAACGAGGUCGGCGAUGUGGAAUCUGUUGACUUGACCUGGGACCAGAAACCAGUCAGGGUAGAUGAGAAGAAACGAGUGCGGGCGGCUGGCGGUCGUGUGACCAGAUGGAAGAAGAAUGUCGGACCGCAGCGCGUUUGGUUGCCAGACGAAUGGACCCCCGGUUUGGCAAUGACUCGAAGCAUAGGCGAUACCAUCCUGACGAGAUACGGUGUCUUUCCAACUCCCGAGGUUACGGUCACGCGGCUAUCUAAGGAGGAGUGUUUUGUGGUUGCGGCUAGUGAUGGGGUGUGGGAGUUCAUGUCGUCGGGGGAUGUGGCUGAUUUUGUUUCGAAAAAGCGGCUUGACGGAUGUUGCGCGGAGACUGUUGCGAGGGAUUUGGUGAACGAAGCGGUUCGGCGGUGGACGGAGAACGAAAGUGUGGUCGACGACACAACGGCCAUCGUAAUUAUUGUGGAGAAGGACACAUCGCCGUCGAAAAAGGCGAGCUUGCUGCUUGGGAGGGCGCGGGAGGACACAAGGGAAUUUGAAAAUCGCUCGUUGAAGGAUGUGUUUCGGACAAGGAGAGUAGAAAUUCCAAAAGAAUCGCAAGUCGGGCAACCGUGGGGGAUUGCUGAGAAUGGGAAGCUAGAGCCGUUUUGCCCAGAGAACCAAGGGGCAGAAUUGGGAGACGUAAAUGCGGCGCCUCUGGGUUCAAAGGCAAGCGAGUUGGGGAGCGCAGGCGGUUGAGUAUACGGCUAGCUGGGCGGGAAAUCAGUCAGGACGAUGACUGCACGUUUGGUUUUUGUCGACAUGAUUGGGCUGCCAGGGGAUUUGCAAUUUGGUGAAGUGGAAUAAGCUCAAGAUGGAGGGGCGUGGCACGGCAGGCUGAAGAAGGUGGGCGCCAAGACGGAACGGUGUUUCGCGGACCCGGUGAAAAUGUCGGAUGUGUUGUCCUAUCGCUAAGAAAAGAGAGGAAGAGGACGCUGAAUCGCGAGGCAGGUGUAAACUGCAUAUAUACCAACAAUGCGUCGCAAGACGGGACGUCGUCAAUCACCACAUUGCUGUUGGCCCGCCGCUCGGCCCAACCACAUCCCUCCAAGUGCUUGCCAACAAUUGGCCCUUCUAUUUCUAUCACUGUAAUGUCCAACUGAGCCACUGUAAACCCAAAUGACUGCGCCAUGUUUUUAAUUUGGGUCAUUUUGGAGUUGGUAGUUUACACUCGCCCUUCCCCCUCACUAUGUAUCGAGCGGCUCGGGUACUCCACCUUCCCCUCCUGUUUCACAAUCUGCGCCCCCCCACAUCGCCAUGUCACACCCCGCCACCCGUAUCAUUACCUCCCUGCGUCAGCGCGCCUCCACCGAAUUCCGCGUCGUCAUGGAUGUCUUGUUUCCCUCCCCCUUCGGCGUGUCCCCUCCGCACGUCGCCGCCAUCCCGCGCCGCGCCGAUCCGACCCGCGUAAAGAACCUUCUCGCCGGCAGCCGCCACAGGUCCUCCUCAUGAACAGCCGGGCACAUUUCAAAUCAAGGCCCAGGUGAAAGCAAGGCGAGAGAGGUCUGUGCCCGCUGGGAUCCUGUCGGCGAUAUGCCCGUAGGGGUGGUCGGCUCUGAGGUAUCGAUGCCGCGCAGGCUGGAAGGGUAGCUGUAUGACAGCUGAGUGGAAGACAUGUCAGGUUAGAAUGCUCCAGGAUGGAUGGUCGAUGUGCGGCCAGGGGCUGGUUUCAAGCAAUCAGUCACGACAUGCUGUAGAAGUCUUGAGUUUGUUGGAUCUUGAAGGGCUGACUGCCGUAGUGAGGAUUUGUAUUAAAUUUGAGGCCGACCCCGA